GCAGAGCAACCAUUCGUCUUCUCUCUUCAUCGUUUUCUCCUUUCCAAUGGCAAAAGCUUGCGUCUUGCAGUCUACUCUCCUCCCAGCUUACUCUCCACUUCACAAACUCCGUAAUCAAAACUUCACCAUCUCUUUCCCACCGCUUCCGGUGUCCCGAUGCCGUCCCGGAAUCCACUGCUCAGUUUCGGCCGGUGAGACCACGACACGAUCCAUGGAGGAAGCUCCGGAGAUAUCAUGGGGCUGCGAGAUAGAUUCACUUGAGAACGCUACUUCUCUUCAGAACUGGCUCUCUGAUUCAGGUCUCCCUCCGCAGAAAAUGGCCAUUGAUAGAGUCGACAUCGGUGAGCGAGGCCUCGUCGCUUCACAGAAUCUCAGAAAAGGAGAGAAAUUGCUCUUCGUUCCUCCUUCUCUCGUCAUCAGUGCUGAUUCCGAAUGGACUAACCCAGAAGCUGGUGAAGUGAUGAAACGUUAUGAUGUUCCAGAUUGGCCUUUGCUCGCCACUUAUCUUAUAAGUGAAGCAAGUCUUCAGAAAAGUUCAAGGUGGUUUAACUAUAUCUCAGCUCUUCCGCGACAACCUUACUCGCUUUUAUACUGGACUCGGACAGAGCUUGAUAUGUACUUGGAAGCUUCGCAAAUUCGAGAACGGGCGAUUGAAAGAAUUACGAAUGUUGUUGGAACUUUUGAAGAUCUAAGAAGCAGGAUAUUUUCCAAACACCCUCACCUUUUCCCUAAAGAGGUUUUCAAUGAUGAGACAUUUAAGUGGUCUUUUGGAAUCCUAUUCUCACGGUUGGUACGGUUGCCGUCUAUGGAUGGAAGAUUUGCCUUAGUUCCUUGGGCAGAUAUGCUUAAUCAUAAUUGUGAGGUUGAGACGUUCCUGGAUUAUGAUAAGUCUUCAAAAGGAGUUGUCUUUACAACAGAUCGACCAUAUCAACCAGGUGAGCAGGUUUUCAUAUCAUAUGGGAAUAAAUCUAACGGAGAGCUAUUGUUAUCUUAUGGGUUUGUUCCCAGAGAAGGAACCAAUCCUAGUGAUUCAGUAGAACUAGCAUUGUCACUUAGGAAAAACGAUAAGUGUUACAAGGAAAAGCUGGAUGCUUUAAAGAAACACGGAUUAUCCACGCCUCAAUGCUUCCCCGUAAGGAUAACGGGUUGGCCAAUGGAACUAAUGGCAUAUGCUUAUCUAGUGGUGAGCCCUCCAGAUAUGAGAAACAACUUUGAAGAGAUGGCGAAAGCUGCUUCAAAUAAGACAUCAACAAAGAAUGAUCUAAAAUAUCCUGAAAUCGAGGAAGAUGCAUUGCAGUUUAUACUGGACUCAUGUGAAACAAGCAUAUCAAAAUACAGCAGAUUUUUGAAGGAAAGUGGAUCAAUGGAUUUGGACAUAACAUCUCCAAAACAGUUGAACCGAAAAGCGUUUCUGAAACAGCUAGCUGUAGACUUGUCCACUAGCGAGCGCAGGAUACUGUACCGUGCACAAUACAUUCUGAGGAGGAGACUGAGAGAUAUUAGAAGUGGUGAGCUGAAGGCUCUACGGCUCUUCAGUGGACUUAGGAACUUCUUCAAAUUCGUGAUAGACCGAGAAGAAUGUUUCUCCCACAAGGCUGAAUAUGAAGGCGAUACGCUUCAUGUCUCUUUCGUCGUCAUCAAGUCUGACUCUCAAUGGCACUUUAACGAGGAUGGUGUAGAUCUUGUGAUACAUGGCCCAACAGGCGAACAAAUUCAUGACUUCAGGGAGCAGAUAAGCGCAAAGCAUGAUUUUGUUGUCCAAAAGAAAGGGGUUUACCGAUUCUGUUUCACAAACAAGUCUCCUUAUCAUGAAACCAUUGACUUCGAUGUACAGCUUGGUCACUUUGCAUACUACGAUCAACAUGCUAAAGACGAGCAUUUCACUCCCUUGAUGGAGCAAAUAUCAAAGUUGGAGGAGGCUCUUUACAACAUCCAAUUUGAACAGCAUUGGUUAGAGGCUCAGACCGAUCGUCAAGCUAUCGUGAACGAGAACAUGAGCAAAAGAGCAGUACACAAAGCUUUGUUCGAGUCGUUUGCACUGAUUGGGGCAAGUCUUCUCCAAGUGUAUCUUCUGCGUCGCUUGUUUGAACGCAAACUCGGCAUGUCUCGUGUCUAAAAGUAUUGAGUUUAUUACGACUUUGAAACUUAUUUUGCCUUAAAAUGUACCAGGGAAAGGAAUCUUUACUUAAAACCUUUUUACAGACAGAUCGUAGCUCAUUGGAAGAUUUGCUUUCUCCCAUGUUCAAGAAAUUAUCGACUCGUGA